CCCCCCCGGGCGCACCCCUUCGCUGAGGACCCGGCGCCGAAGAUGGCAGGAAGCCUGGACUAGAGAAGAGGGACGCGGACCUCGGGCACCCAGGAAGCGGGGGAAGCGCAGCUGACUUUUCUGGGCAAAGGUGAAUGUCUUGAAGACAAGAUGAGCCAUAAGGGAUCUACAAGCAGUCGUCCUGACUCUGCAAAUGGCAGCAUGGGCAAAGCAGAUGGAGCUGCCAAAAUGAGUGCAAAAGAUUUAUAUGAGCAAAGGAAAAAGUACUCCAACUCCAAUGUCAUUAUGCAUGAGACAUCACAGUACCACGUACAGCAUCUAGCCACUUUCAUCAUGGAUAAGAGUGAGGCCAUUGUAACCGUGGAUGAUGCCAUCCGGAAGCUCAAGCAGCUGAAUUCUAAAGAGAAGAUAUGGGCACAAGAGAUGCUGUUGCAGGUUAAUGACAAAUCUAUCCGUCUACUGGACUGUGAAACUCAGGAAGAGCUGGAAGACUUCCCUCUGCCAACAGUCCAGCUCUGCCAAACAGUGCUGAACCAGAUGCGAUACUCAUCCAUACUCCUGCUGGUCUGUCAAGACUCGGAGCAGCACAAGCCUGACAUUCACUUCUUUAACUGUGAUGAGGUGGAGGCAGAGAUGAUUCACGAGGACAUAGAAAGUGCGCUUGCUGACCAUAAGCAUGGGAAAAAGAUUCGGCCACAAACACUCAAGGUAAAUCAAGAGAAGAUCAAACAAAGACAGUCCAUCCUCCCACCACCCCAAGGGCCAGCACCAAUUCCUUUCCAGUAUGAAGCCCGAGGCUCCCCAAAAGAUGUUCAGAAUCGUGUGGCUCCACCUUCACAUCACAAUGAGCCAGGUACAGAAGGCAAAUAUGAUCGACGUAGCUCCAGCUCUCAAGAACAGGAAGAGUCCCGUGCACUUUUUGCACAAAAGAUUGAGAAAGAAACGCAAACCCUAAACUGUACUCUAGAUGAUAUCGAGCUGUUUGUUGCGAAGCUUCAGAAGGCAGCAGAGGCGUUCAAGCAGCUAAAUCAAAGGAAAAAAGGAAAAAAGAGCAAGAAGAAAGGUCCAGCAGAGGGAGUUCUAACUUUGAGAGCAAAACCUCCAAGUGAGGUUGAAUUCAUUGACUGCUUCCAGAAAACGAAGCUGGCAUUAAACCUUCUGGCAAAACUAAGAAAACAUAUCCAGAAUCCAAGUGCUUCAGAAUUAGUACAUUUCCUGUUUGGACCAUUGGAACUGAUUGUUAGUGGCUGUGGAGGUCCUGAACUUCCAAGAACUAUUGUCUGCCCACUGCUUUCUAAAGACACCACAGAUUUCCUGAAGGGACAUCUGACACCAAAGGAGAUGGCAUUGUGGGAAUCCUUAGGAGAGGCAUGGACAAAGUCAAGAGCUGAGUGGCCAAAAGAUGCCAACAUCCCAACCUAUAUUCCAAAAUUCCGCAAUGGAUGGGAACCACCCCUGGAAAUUUUCCGUGGAGCCCCUUGGGAAAUAGAUAUUGGCCACCUUCAGGAAGAGCUGUCAUCACCCAAUGGAUAUUCCAGUCGUAAUCUGAAGCCUGUCCAGACAUCUGAUCAGAUGCCAGCGGUGGAUGCCUUCACGCACCAUGUUGCUCAACAUGUAAAUAGGAAUUUUGAGGCACAGGGCAUGGCUCCAUCAAAGAGAUAUGCCAAAAUUCAAUAUGAUUUCACUGCUCGAAAUGCCACUGAACUUUCAGUACAAAAAGAUGAAAUUCUGGAGGUUUUGGAAGAUAAUAAACAGUGGUGGAAACUGAGAAAUCGCAGCGGGCAGGCUGGUUAUGUUCCAUAUAACAUUUUGGACUUGGUGAAGCUGGAGGAUUAUGCGUCAAUUGAACAGAAAUACAAAGGAGAUUUGAGCCCCAGGGGAACGGGACCUUCCAGCCCCUCACAUAGGUUACCUGCCAGCUAUGCUGGGGACAAAUGGGGAAGUGAAAUGCUAGCCCGUAAUUCUCCUGAUGCCAAAGAACAAUUGAUUCAGCACAUGGAUGAAGUCAAUGAUGAACUGCUGAAGAAGAUUACAAAUAUCAAAGUCCACCCCCCUCAAAGAAACUUUAAAGUUGAGAAGGCUCAGCAUGUUCAAGUGCCCCUGAAGUUUGAAUCCAACGCUGAGCAAGUCAAAGCUUGGCUAGAAGCAAAUUCUUUCAGCAAAGGGACAGUAGACCAUCUUGGCAUAUUGACAGGAGCACAGCUUUUCUCUCUGAAUAAAGAAGAACUGAAAAAAGUAUGUGGAGAAGAAGGUGCUCGAGUGUAUUGCAAAAUCACUGUGCAAAAGUCUCUCCUAGAGGAAAGCAGAGGGGAGUCAGAACUUCGAGAAAUCAUGAAGCGACGUCAAGAGAGAAUUGAUUCUGCAAUAUAAAUUUGAUCUGUUCCUCAACUUCGUUCUUUGUCACAUAUAUUUACUUGCAUAAAAAAAAGGGAAACAGAGCAAAAAUAAAACACCCCAUUAAAAUUAAAAAGACUGCUCGGAGCACAAGCUACAUAAAUUGCAAUCCAGACUGACUGUUCCUUCUGCACUGUUGACACAGGGGAGGCUAAACCCCCCUCACAGAAACUGAAUUACGUUGGGAGAGAGGUUCUAGUAUUGCAUGAAGUAUUAUUUUUAUAUCUCUAUAUUUUAUACAGAACUUUUAUGUAUGUGAAUUUCAGACCAUGAGGAAGGUCAGAAUUCAUGUUCUAAGAAAGGCUGAACUGAAGCAGAAGUGACUUUAAAACAAUCUAUGCACUGGUGUUUCCCAUAUGGCCUGUUGUUACUGUCAGAAAGCUUCAUGGAAGUGGUGGGCAACGAUGAUACAUGUUCACAGAAAUGUUCUGUGUUUUGAAGAAAUCGUGUUCCCAUAUUUUCCACUGUGCUUUUCUAUAUAAUACAGUAAGGCCAGGAUUAGGCCAAUAUGGAAUAUGGGAGGAACUCAUAGGCGUACAGUAUAUGUAAAACCCAAGAAAUACAACCUAAACCUAUGAGUUAAGUUUACUUUGGUUAUUUUUCAGAAAGAACUCUGCCAACAACUCAACCUCUUUCUUUCCCGAGCUGUUUUAUUGCUUUUAUUUGUCAUCAAAAGAGUUUAGGGAACCUCUCGUUUUCCUAGCAGAUCCAGCAUUCCCGUGACCAUUGGUCCUAAUAAACCAUUAGCUCCUUAAUAGUGAUAGGAUCACAUGAAAGUAUAACCUGAAUGUACUUGUAAACCUUUUUGAUCAAGUUGGUCCCUCCCAUGUCCCCAUGCUCAAGACUCAGCCAUCACAUCUGAAUGAAUUUUGAAUGUCUCCAUUGGUCUUCCAUGGUCAAGAUCACACAUAGCUAUAUUUUGACUUUGAAGUUAUUGUAUGGUAUACUUAUGAUAAUUGCAUAACUGAUUUAAGUAAUUAAAUGUCUAAGUCAUCAUGUAAAAAGGAUAUGAAGAAGAGAUUACAUCUAAGCUGGUCCUUGGCAAUAUCUUUACUUCUCAUGGCCUAUCAAAAUGCUACACCUUGUUUUCCUAGAGGGUCUGACAGGAUGAUCUUAUGCAUGCCUAUUCAGAAGUAAAUCCCACUGAAUUCAGUGGGAUUUGCUCCCCGACUUAAGUGUAUAGGAUUACAACCUGAACAUCCUUACAUGUAUCUUUCUUUUUAGCUGUUUGCCACUGAAGAAUACAAAGAGCAGGCUUUAAAGUGAAGGGUUAUACAUUUUUUCAGUACUUCUUGAUGUGCUGCAGCAUAGUCAGAAGAGUUGGAACAACUUCUCUCUCCCUCCUCCUGUCCAUAUUAUUUUUAAGACUGCUACUUUCUCCAAAUCUAGCUGUAUAGUUUGGUGGGUUGGAACACCCGACUAUGAGCCAGAGGUCAGGAGUUCAGUUUUGCACUGUGCUCCUGGGAGAAGAGCCUAUGUGUGCAUGGUCCCAAAGUGCUACCAGAAGGAAGGACUAAUAAACUCAUUCUGAGUAAUUUAUGCCUAGAAAAUACCAGGAGAGUUGCUGUAAGUCAGGACUAUAUUGACAGCACUUUUUUAAAAAGUCUACAAAGAAAAGGUAAGACUGAAAUAAAGGGCAAACUGCAAUAUAUUCAGAUUUCCUGACUAAGAGGUGUUUUGUUUGCUUGCUGUACUUGCUAAUCCUAGGGAGGCGCCCCAAUUACCUCGUUUACCUUGGCAUUCAUUCUUGAUUUAGAUGCCAUUCUAUUGCUGAACUGAUCAUUAAUGAAAAUGUGAGUCAGAAUACAAGAUUCAGUUCUAACAUGAUGUGUACCUACACCACCCUUAGUGCAUUCAAGUUAUGAAAUUUGCAUAACUCUUGAUUCGCUUGAGGUGCCCUAUGAAGCAAUUUACUUUGGGUCCAGAGAAUAUUGUCAUGAAUUUUAUACCUUAGGUUUUAGUUCAUGUUGAGGAAGAAAAACAAGAAUAUGCUUUAUGCUGAACUCGGAAUCUUUAGGCCUACAAGGAGGCACUCCAGCUUACAAUAUAUUUGAAUUUUUAAAGUCAGAUUCAUGUUGCUUGAAUAAUUAGAUCUGGCAGUAAUAAAGCUCCUAGCCAGUUUAUAAUGCAGCAUUAGUCAGUUUAGCAUAUUUUAUAUCCCACCUUUUACAUGGGCAAUUCUUGUUUUUGGAUGCUUGCUCAUAGAAGCUAACGCCCACAAGUAGUGGUGGCUCUCAUAUGCUUUGUAUUUAUUUUGUCUGCAUCAUGUGGCUCUCUUACAAAUCCAUCUCCACCAAACUCACUUAGCCAAGAAUUGUAAAGCAUAUAGUUGAUUUGGGACAGCACUCUGUGACAAUAGGUCUAGAUGACAUUGGUGAAUACAACUCCACUGAAGCUUUAAUGUUCCUCUGGAUACAUGUGCACAUCUUGAAAGAGAAACCAGAUAUAUCAAUAUGAACAAAACUGGCUGCUAGACAAUAUUUUACUUAGCUUGUAGAAGUCUGAAAAUAUAUAUAUUUUAAGCUAUGAGUCCUGCAAAGACUUUUAACAUGCACAUUGUACAUAGUAUGAACAGCCCCAAAGAAAAUAGUACUACUAUACAUACCUGGAGAACUUUGCAAGAUCAAGCCUUUAUGAAAUACAAACUUCACUGUGCUUAAUGUUUCUCAUCUGCUAUUGUUAUUUGUAAUUAGCCACAAAUGAUUUUAGAUUAUUUGUAUAUACAAUGUUCUUAACAGACACAAAACAAAAAACAUGAAGAUGUAAUUAAAUGAAAAUUAUAUUCACAUUAUAUAUUGUAUUUUAAAGGUAGUUAACUUUUCACAUGUAAUUUAGUCAUGCUUUAUAAAUCAAAACUAGUAUAGCAGAUAUACCAAGCUGGCAAAUAUAUAGUCAGCAGAGUACGUGCUUAUCUUUGUUCAACUGCAGAACAAACAGAAGGUAAGGCAAAUAAGCUGCUUGUAAUAUGGAGUGGUAACUACAAGCGUUUGGCAAACUAAAGCAAAAACAUGAAAACCCUGAGCUUCUUGAAAGAAGGGCGAUAUGCAAAUGUAAGAAUAAAUUAAAUCUGUCCUCA